AUGAACACCAUUGCAGUCGGGAUCACUUUUCUUAUUUUUCCACUUUUGGGAUCUGCUCAAUUCAUCGAUCCGGCAUGUGGAAUUCGGGCAGCCAAUCCUUAUUCCUUCCGAGUUGCAAACGGAACGAUCGCUGAAUUGACAUCGAGUCCCUGGAUGGCUUUCCUCCACACUACGCAAAAUAUAUUCGUUUGCGGCGGAAGUCUUAUUUCUCAGCGUCUGGUCCUUACUGCAGCACAUUGCCUUUAUCCUAAAAAGGAAUUAAUAGCUCGUCUGGGAGAGUACGAUAGAGAGGAUUACGAGCACUGCCAUGGAAGUUACUGCAACUUUCGAAUUGAGGCCAAAGUUGCAAAGGCCAUUCAUCAUCGAUUCUAUGAUCCUAAAACCUUAUCUAGCGAUAUAGCCAUUCUCCAGCUGUUCAACAGAGUACAGUACACUGAUAGCAUCAGACCCAUUUGCAUUCCGUGGAACACCAAAUGGAGGCACUACAUCGACAGAUUGGAUCCGCUAACUGGAACUGGCUGGGGAACCACGGAAUCGGAGCGUGAUAGUGCCAUUCUCAGAACUGUGGACUUGAAUCGCCAACCUCCAGAUGUUUGCCUUAUGUACACCAACGCCAUUCUUUCGACCGAUCAGUUUUGCGCUGGAAAUUGGGAAAGCAAUUUGUGUAACGGUGAUUCCGGGGGUCCGCUUGGAGCUCUGGUUCCGUAUGGAAAAUCGAAGCGUUUUGUACAAGUUGGAAUUGCCAGCUUUACGAACAAAAAGUGCUCGAAGGCAAGCGUUUUCACUGAUGUACUAAGCUUUGCGGAUUGGAUAGUUAAAGUGCAUUCCUUUUAUAAUUAAAUGUUUUUACUCCAUUGAAAAUUGGUUAAAUAAUAAUAAAUUUGUGAAGAAGAUCAAUAGAUAAGUAA